AGCACUUGGAGCAAACUAAUUUCUACUUUUCUAGGGAGCGAAGUAAAACUUGGAUAUGUGACCGGAAACGUCGACGGUAUCCGUGCACAAGACAAGGUUAACGUUGGCGGCAUAAUAAUAAAUAGUCAGGAUUUUCUUUUAGCACGUAAAGACGCUUUAUUAAAACGUGUUAAAUUUGAUGGUGUACUUGUGUUGGGCAUCAAAUCUUCAUUUGCGCCAGGAUCUGUCACGAUUUUGGAAAACAUGGUGAAACAAAAAUUGAUAACUAAACCCAUUUUCUCGUUUUGGCUGAGGUCGUACAAGGGAGAUGGGAAGGGCGAAGAUCCUAACGGUGGCCAGAUAGUGUUUGGUGGGUUUGACCCCAAACACUUCCACGGAGAACAUGCCUAUGUUUCAAGCGACGACCGCUGGAAGAUCAAAAUGUCCAAAAUAUACAACAAUGGUAAACCAGGAACAAAUCUUUGUGACUUACAAUGCAAAGCAAUCGUUGACUCGGGAACAACCGACAUUUCUGGCCCCGAGCUGUCCGUAAGAUCUAUAGAUGAAGCAAUUGGAGCACAUAGAGUAACAAUUAAAUGCGAUAAGGUUCCUGCUUUGCCGGAUAUCUACUUCGAAAUUGGAGGAAAAAGUCUUCGCCUCACUAAAGAUGAUGUACGAUCAGGAUUUUUAAGUACAAAUUAUCCUUUAGAACUAGAAGCCUAA